AUGCGGCUGUGUUCCACGAUUGCCUUUGUCAUCUUGGCGCUUGGCGAGACAGGCUUUUGCAGUCGCCAAGAAAGCCAAUCCAGAUUGUUCUCGGGCAGCGCCGCCGGCCGCGCCGCGGCACUCGUCCGGCCCGACGUCGACGGGCCCAGCGUCGAAAAGAGGCAAAUCAGCUUCGAGAACGGCGGCAUCAGUAUCGGCGGUGCCGGCGGGCUCCAGCUCGGCGGGAAGGGUAAGGGCGGCAAAGGCCAAGGCGAAGGCCAGGCCGCCCAGCCGCCCGGGGGCAACGUCGCCGGGAAUCGGACCGCCAACAACAAUGCCGGCCUGACCAUCGGCGGAGUCCAGCUCGGAGGCAAUAAACCAGACGGCGGGACGGGCAACAGCGCACUCGACGCAUUCCUGGACGCGGCCAACGGCGGUAAGAAGAAGGCAAACGGCACCGCGAAUGCGGGAGCUGGGGCUGCGGCGCCUGGGCAAGCGGCCGGGGAGGGCGGCCAGCGGGGAGCUGGUAGCGGCAAGGGAGAGGGCGGCCCAGGAGCCAACCCCGGCGAAGCUGCGAAAGCUGAGCAAGGGCUCGGAUCUAACCCCGGCGAGUUGCCCAAAGGGAAGGAGGCUGCGAAAGAGGCUCAGCGGCAGGGCAAGGGAACCGAGGCAGCCAGGCCGGCGGGAGAAGGGCAACAGGCCCCCGCACCCGGCCCGGCCGAGGAAGCUAGGCCGGCCGAGGGGCAACCCAAGGCGGUCGAAGAGUCUGAGCAGUUCAAGGAGAACGCCGGUAUCACUAUCGGCGCCGACGGCCAAGCCCAGAACCUUGGCGGCAACCUAGGCAUCACCAAAGGAAGCGACGGCAGCACUUCCGUCGGCGGCAAGUCUGGUAUCAACAUUAGCCCGGGCGGUGAUCGCGGGCGUGGCAAGGACAACGGAAACGAACAGCAGCAGGCCGCGCCCCCGCCGUCCGGGGAAGCCUGA